AUGAAGAGAGACGUAAGAAGAUUCAAGUCUCGACAGAAUACACUGCAGACCGACAUCGAAAUGCAAGAAACACAGGACUUAAGGGUUGAAGAUGAACCCCAACCCUCAACCCCAGUACGUUUCAUUCUUCGGGCGGAGGAGUUACUACCUAUUAUUAAACCUUCCGGGGAGAUCCGCAUAUGCGGCGAUUACAAAUCUACAAUAAAUCCGAAAUUAAAAAUUGAUCAAUAUCCGCUUCCUCGGAUAGAGGAAUUGUUUGCGGCCCUCAGCGGCGGACAGGAGUUUUCAAAAAUAGAUCUGACAACCGCGUAUAUGCAAGUUCCUCUCCACCCCGACUCGCAGGCUUGCACGGCCAUCACCACACAUGUUGGUUUUAUUAUUGAUAAACACGGUUUACAUCCGGACAUGGCCAAGGUGGACGCCAUCGUGAAGGCUCCGGAACCGACGAACGUGACUCAAUUAAAGGCAUUUUUAGGGAAAAUAAAAAAUAUUUUAGCUAGCGACCAAGUGUUGUGUCACUACGAGGCGACGCUCCCACUCGUGUUGUCCGUGGACAGCAGCGCAUACGGUGUAGGCGCGGUACUCGCGCACACCUUUCCCGACGGCUCUGAGCGUCCCAUUAGCUGCGCCUCCAGGACGCUCUCCGACGCCGAAAAGAACUAUAGUCAAUUAGAUAAAGAGACUGCGGCGAGUCGGCUACAACGUUGGGCCGCGAAAUUAGCCGCGUACGAUUUUAAUAUUGAUUUUGUAAAAUCAAAGUGUAACGGCAACGCUGACGCGUUGUCGCGCUUGCCGCUAGAGGGAGACGGCAGCGAUGGCGCAUCGAGUGCGCCGGAUAAACAUUAUUUAAUGUACGUCGAUGAAACUUUACCGGUUAAUUUUAAAGAAAUAGCAUUAGCAACAACUAAAGAUAAUUUGUUAAGUAGGAUUUUUGGAUAUAUUAUGUUCGGAUGGCCGGAAAAAUGUGCAGAUGAUGAAAUGGCUUUUUAUGUUAGGCGUUCAGAUUUAUAUAUUGAUCAUGGUUGUAUUUUGUAUAAAUAUCGUCUGGUGAUUCCGCAAAUAUUACAGAAACGCGUGUUGUUAGAAAUUCACGACGGACAUUUAGGCAUUGUAAAAAUGAAGUCCAUCGCUAGGAAUUAUGUCUAUUGGCCGGCACUCGAUAAAGACAUCGAAUUGAUCGGGAACAAGUGCGAGGCGUGUCGCAGCGUACGCGACGCCCCCCCGCGCGCCACACUUCAUCCCUGGGAGUUUCCCGCAGCGCCCUGGCAGCGACUGCACGCUGACUUUGCUCAGUUGCACGGCAAGUAUUAUAUCAUCGUAGUGGAUGCUCAUAGUAAGUGGCUCGAGGCGGAGGAGAUACGUAGUACAUCGGCCUAUCACACCAUAAAGUUUUUGAGAAGUUUAUUUGCGAGGUUCGGCCUACCGGAUAAGCUCGUAACGGAUAACGGACCUCCGUUUCAAAGUGCGGAAUUUAGAGAAUUUUGUGAUAGAAACAUGAUACGCCACAUAACCUCUUCACCCUAUAGACCGCAAGGUAACGGCGCAGCCGAAAAUUGUGUAAAAAUAGUAAAAAAAACUAUUAAGAAAGCCGUUAUAGAAGGUAGGGACAUACACACUAGUUUAUAUCGGUUCCUAAUGCAGUAUAGAAAUUGUGAGCAUGCAACGACAGGCGUGGCGCCCGCAGUGGCGCUCCUCGGACAUCGCUUGCGGAACAGACUGGACGCGAUGCGCCCGAGCACCGCAAAAAUAGUCGAGGAAGUGCAGGAUAAACAAAUACGCAACUCCUCGGGACUAGCUAGGAACUUUAAUGUAGGGGAUAAAAUAUUAUCGAGAAAUUAUUCAACGAAUAGUCAGAAGUGGGUCGAAGGGAAAAUUUUACAACAAACCGGUCCGGUGUCUUAUAAAAUUAUAAAUAAUGAUGGGGGGGUGCACCGACGACACACGGACCAGAUUUUACCUCUCGGCAACAAUAGGUUUUCAUGGGACAUAGUAAACGAAUCGGAUAAUUAUAGCAACAUUGAUGAGUACGUCAACACGAGACCGCGGAAUAGAAAUAACGAUUAUGAGGGUGUUACUUUAGAUAUUGAUUACGAUGCGUACACGGAGGCACAGCCGCAGCCCGACAAUUACACGGACACUGCGUCUGUGCCGGCCACUGAGACGGCGGAGCCGGUGGAGGCUCAGGGUAGCACCUUGGUGGUUCCCGGAAGUUCCAACCAGGUGAGCACGUUAUCCGGAGAAUUGAAUGAGAGGACUAAAAGAGCACUUCGUCGCGAAUGGCGAAGGAAACAGAUGGAGUAA